AUGGGGCCCGGGCAGCCGGUGGGCGGCGCGGCGGCGUCGCUGCUCCGGACGAACUCUUCCCUGCUCAGUGGCGGUGGCCAGCCAGGGAUGAUGGGCGGCGGAGGUGGUGGUGGUGGUGGUGGCGGCGGCGGCACGCUUUCUUCACAGUCGCCCUUCUCCUCCCUUGUCUCCCCGCGCACGCAGUUUGGUGGUAAUGGUCUGCUUGGAGGCGCCUCGAAUGUCUCCUCGCUGCUGAACCGGCCGCCGUUCGGGAACGUUGGCCCUAUGCCGGGUCCAGUGUCGAUGCAGGGUGGUGGGAUGCAGAUGAGUACGCUCCAGCAGAGAGCUGGGCUGGAUGGUGCCGGCGAUUUCAUUGGCGCGGGAGGGUCGGAUCCUCUGUCGUUCCCGUCUUCCUCACAGGUCAAUUUGGGCAAUCAGAUGGGGUCAGAUAAUCUGCAGGCGAUUUCGCAGCAGCAGCAGCAGAUGGAUGCAGUGCAUGAUAUGCAGCAGCAGCAGCUACCAAUGUCUUACAACCAGCAACAGUUGCCACCACAACAUUCACAGCAGCUCCAGCAGCCACAGGCUACCGUGAAGUUGGAGAAUGGAGGAAGCAUGGUUAGCAUCAAGUCAGAGCAGCAGAUGGGGCAACCUGACCAGAAUGGUCCUGCCCAGAUGAUGCGAAGUGCUAGUGUGAAACUUGAGCCACAACAGCUGCAAGCCCAGAUGAUGAGGAGUUUAAGUUCAGUCAAGAUGGAGCAACAGACUUCAGAUUCAUCAGCAUUCUUGCAGCAGCAGCAACAGCAGCAGCAGCAACAACAACGUCAUUUGUUGCAGCUGACAAAGCAGAUUCGAAAUUGUCCAGACCUUGUAUCAAUGGGUGGACCAAACACAAUUGCAAACCCUCAAGCUGCUGCAGCUGCUCAACUGACCCUCUUGCAGCAGCAACGGAUCCUGCAUAUGCAACAGCAGCAUCAGCAGCAGCAGCAGCAACAACAACAGAUUCUUAAGAACUUGCCGUUGCAGAGAAACCAGUUGCAGCAACAGCAACAGCAGCAUCAACAACAGCAGCAACAGCAGCAGCUACUUCGUCAACAGAGUCUAAACAUGAGAACUCCAGGAAAGUCGCCUCCUUAUGAGCCAGGAACCUGUGCAAAGAGAUUGACUCAUUACAUGUAUCAUCAACAAAACAGACCGCAAGAUAACAAUAUUGAGUACUGGAGAAACUUUGUCAAUGAGUAUUUCGCUCCAAAUGCUAAAAAGAGGUGGUGUGUCUCGCUUUAUGGAAGUGGUCGUCAAACUACUGGAGUUUUCCCUCAGGAUGUAUGGCACUGUGAGAUUUGUAAUCGGAAACCUGGCCGUGGUUUUGAAACAACGGUUGAGGUACUACCGCGAUUAUGCCAAAUUAAAUACGCCAGUGGUACACUGGAAGAACUUUUGUACAUCGACAUGCCUCGUGAGUCCCAGAAUACGUCAGGCCAGAUUAUUUUGGACUACACGAAAGCAAUCCAAGAAAGUGUCUUUGAACAAUUGCGUGUUGUGCGAGAGGGGCAUCUAAGGAUAGUUUUUAAUCCAGACCUUAAGAUAGCAUCUUGGGAGUUUUGUGCUAGGCGUCAUGAAGAACUUAUUCCACGGAGAUCUAUAAUACCACAGGUUAGUAACCUUGGCGCGGUUGUACAAAAGUACCAGGCUGCCGCACAAAACUCAACGAGUUUGUCUGCUCAGGACAUGCAGAAUAAUUGCAACUCGUUUGUUGCAUGUGCCCGACAAUUGGCCAAAGCACUGGAGGUUCCUUUAGUAAAUGAUUUAGGGUACACAAAACGAUAUGUUCGCUGCCUUCAGAUUGCUGAGGUCGUAAAUUGUAUGAAGGAUUUGAUUGAUCACAGCAGGCAGACUGGAUCUGGACCCAUUGAUAGCCUGCAUAAUUUUCCUCGGAGGACUCCUUCAGGGGUCAGCACCCUUCAACCACAGCAGCAGCAAACUGAGGAGCAGCAGGCCAUUCCCCAGAGUUCAAACCAGAGUGGUCAAAAUUCUGCUCCUAUGGCUGCUGUGCAGCCUUCUGCCUCUGCCAAUGGUGAUGUGACAUCAAAUAAUUCUCUCAGUUGUGCACCUUCUACAUCUGCACCAUCACCGUCAGUUGUUGGGCUCUUGCAAAAUUCAAUGAAUUCUAGACAAGAUCAUCCAAUGAGCAGCACUAAUGGUGGCCCAUAUAAUGGAGGCAAUGUGGCUAUUCCGAAGAUGAAUGGUGUUGGCCACUCGGGGAAUGAUAUGAAGACACCAAAUGGACUAACCCAUGGUGUCAAUGGGGUUAAUUGCUUAGUUGGCAAUGCUGUCACGAAUAACUCAGGGAUGGGAGGAAUGGGAUUUGGCGCCAUGAGUGGGUUUGGUCAUGGGAUGAGAACGGCAUUGACAAACAAUGCGAUGGCAAUGGGUGCAAGGAUGGGAAUGAAUCAGGGUGGACAUGACCUAUCGCAAUUGGGUCAGUUACACCAGCAUCAGCAGCAGCAUGACAUAGGAAACCAGCUGUUUGGUGGAUUUAGAUCAGCAAACAGCUUCAGUAACAUUCAAUAUGACUGGAAACCCUCACAAUAG